CAUAAGGACACACCAUACAGGAAAUGACAUGGCUUUCGUUCCACAGAAAACACGUGGGCUGCUCUUUGCUACAAAAAUGUGUCGAAAGAAGCGAGAGGGAGACAGAAGAGAAGAAGAGGUGAGAGACCUUAACAGGCACAGCGUUCCCAGCCAGCGCACCAGAGGGCUAGUUGUGGGAGAACUGUGAGCCUCCACCCCCAGCGGAGGAAGUGAAGAGGCGACUAAAGGAAAUGGAAGCCAAAUUUCACCCCAGAUUAGAUGGCCGCUGGAUUUGCUUAGCGAUGCUCUGGCUGUGUGUGGAGCUAGCGCAAUCCACCAUUGAUGGUCAACAGGAAGGGAGACCUUGUUGCUCGUCAACUCUUGCAGGAAUUCCCCCAAAAUCCUGUGGCAAAUGUGGUGGUGGGAAGUGCUGUAAGGACAAGCUAUGCCAUCAAUGCCGGGCACUGCCAACGUGUCCAGAAGGGCAGGAACUGAGAUGUUCAGGCACUAUUGACUUCAGAUAUUUCUGCAGCCCAUGCCCUAAUGGAACUUUCUCUGAUGCCAAAGGCAGCUGUUGCAGACCUUGGGCAAACUGCAAGACGUUGGGGCUUCCAGUUCGACGACCAGGGAACACAACUCAUAACGUGGAAUGUGGCGACACGAGACCCAUCACUGUGGUUAUGCAAAUUGAUUCCACAGUGACGACUAUCUUGACCAUUGUGACAGCAACGGGCCUCUCUCUUCUCAUCCUGCUGACGUUCUUUUUAAUCAUCUGCGUAUGGACACAGAAGAAGAAAGUGCCCCUGGUGGAAGAGCCUGAAUCCGUCCACCCUUCAAACUUCCUAGGAUCUCAUCAUGAAGACACCUGCAGUUGCCAGUUCCCAGAGGAAGAACAUGGGGAGAACAUGGAUAAAUGGAAGGCCUCGCAGAUCUCUUUGGCCCAUUGAAAGAACUUGGGGCGGAUCCACAAGCACGUGCAAAACUCGCCCCGCAAUAUCUAGGCGGCUGAACUAUAUGAAUGGCAGCUAUUAUCUUUGUUGUGGCAUGAUGGGGCUUUGGGCGCCUGAGCUGUUUCCCUCUAGGUUGGCUCCUUCACUGCUACUAGCUGCCUCUAGAUCAGAUCACCUGCUCUACACCCUGUGACUAUGAAAGCUUUCCUUGCUGGCUAGGGAAAUCAGGGUACGAGGAAGGAUCUCCAGGAGAUGGAAAUCCCAACCCUGCUUUCCCUAUUCACCCAUCCCCAGUUGCAACUGCUGGAACAAGCCACCCACCUCGCUUUUCUAGGCAGGGUUUGGAAGCUGGAGAAUGCAGCAGACGUCCUCGAGGGUAGGGCAGCUGACGUCCGAUUUUUUUUUUACAAAAACACUGGUCCUAUGACUACUCCAUGGGUAUGGAGCCAGGGAAGGCGGGGCCAGAGGGCAGGGCGGAGUCUGGCGUACAUUGGAGGUGGAGCCAGAAUGUGAUUGGGAGGGUUGCGGACAGAGCCCUGCAGCAUCUGACUUCCCAGACUUCCUUCCUGGUUCUCUGAGAGAGGAGGGUCUUCUCCAACUACAUUUCACUGGGAGCAGGCUAACUGAACUGAAUGGACCUGAGCCAGUCUUGCCCAUUAACUUCAAGGGAUCUACUCUGAGCAGGAUUAGCUCAGCCCAGAAUGCCAUUUCGCUGGUCAGAUCAGCAAUCGACCAGCCAGUUAGCAACCCCUGUCUAUGUAUAUUGGUGGGGGUGGCAAGACAUGGCCUGGGCACAGGCAUAUGAUUUGCGGUACUCAGAUAGAAUGACGUGCCCUUCAUGCCUAGGACAGCUUUCCCUUGAUUGGCACGCUCCGGAUGUUGUGGGCAACAUCUCCCAUUAUCCCUGACCAUUGGGUGAUGCAAGGUGUAGUCUAAAUCAUUUGAGGGCCCCUGGCUUGGAGACACCUGCUC